UGAGCCUCAGCUUUUUUGAACCAGACACAGCACUUUGUUCACUGAAUAAUUUGUUCUUUUUGAUGUGCCAACCUGUUCUAGACAGCUAUUUCAGAAAUCCAGCAACAGGCAAACUGAAACGCUGCUUUGUGUUCAUUACUGACAAUGGCCCGUCAGUUGCCCCAGCAAGCAUUUGGUGCAAAUGCUCCUAGUCAGAUUUUGUCGCAUGUUCAACUUGGACAAGGUGGUUCAAAAAUCAUUCCCUGAAUACCACUCUAAACGAAAUUUUGUUGAAAGAGUUCAUGCUGUUGAAAAUGAAGCAUUGUCAAAGCAUGGACCAUUUAAUUCUCAUCAAGUCCAUGGCCAUGCUAAGACGGGAUCUCAGGAGCAUAAGAAAAACAUGCUGGCCAUGGCGAAGGAUAUAGAAAGAUGUCUCAAUUUCGGUGUUUUAUACAAUAAACAACCACUUCAUGCAUUUCAGUCUAUCAAAGAAGGUGAUUUCGUGUUUGAUGAUGAAGUGCAGUUAAAGCGUUUCUUGUCAUUGUCAGACACUCGUAAGGUAGAAGUUGGUUCAAUGGCAUAUGGAAUGAAACGAACCAAGCUAUCAGAGCACCUCUGUGCAAUUUGGGAAUUGAAUGCAGACUUUGCUAGUACUUACUGUGAUGACUACAAAGCUGUCUGUGGUCGUAUGAUCGAACGUAAACGUGAUACAAAUAGAAGACAUUGCCUGACUGUUUACAAAGACAAAUAUACAAUCGCAGUAUAUAACGAUGGUUCAGACUGGGAAGGCAAAACAGAAGACUCGAUUGAACGCCAACCUGUUCCUGAUUAUGUCGGAUGGUUUGAGACAGGAGGUGAGCUGCAUUGCUUGCCCUAUGAAAAACGAAAAAGGCUGCCAACAGGACCUUGGGACAAUUGUGAGGGAACAUUUUUGCCAACGAAAGUACUAGAGCUUUGUUGCAAAGUGUUCUCGAAGCCUCCAUCAGACCUCAAUGAAGACAUCGCAAUCCUUGCAUGGGUUCCAACACCAGAAGUCAAACUUUUUUGUCAGAAAGUAGAAGACAAAAACAGCACUUGCUCUAGAAAAAGAUAGAGCGAGACUAACGUGGUCCAGACAUACACUGUAUCGUAGGAACAGCAAGGCAGAUCUUAUCAAAAUGUGCAAGGACAAAGGAUUAGAUGUCAGUCGAUCAAAACGUGAGCUGGUAAAAACAAUAGCAAAACAUGCUGGUCAGUGUACGCCAUCUAGACCUAGCUUGUGUGAUGGUAAACUCGAUACUGUACCUGUUGGAACAAGGGCAUUGGCCAGACUGUCUGUCAGUGAACUUCUUGACAUACUACACCAUCAUGGAUUCUACUGCCUGGAGUCAAAAGACGAAAUGGUUCUGCGAGUAGCAGCUAUCCAGAAUGGAAGAUUUGACGUAGCAUUCAACCGAGAAAUGGAAGGAAUAGAAGACCUGGUGACAAUGGCAGAAGGGCUAAUAGUGGAUGAGAUGAGUGACUUUCUGCGAAACCUACCAUCAUUCCAUCGGCAGCGUAGCACUAAUGCCUUCCCCAAACCACCGAGAAAUACCAAAAAAGUGGACAAUUUCGACAGAGCAUAGUCGAUGUGUUUCUUGACAAACUAGAAGACCUACCCAAAUUAUUUAGCAGGUUCCACAGCAACUUGAAUAUUAGAAGGAAAUGUCUCACCGACAAAAACAAGACACCACAAAAAUCGAAACAACUGAAAAUAGUACAACACGCACCAACUCCAGCUGACCACCCUUAUCCAAGCUGGAGUGCUGCAUAAGAAGAUCUCCAUGAACGGUCCACAAGAGUAGGAGCAAAAAUUCGUGUAUGCCGGACUGAUGUUGACGCAAAAGACUCCAAUUGGGAAAGUGGCUGGUAUCGAGCAAUUGUCCAAGACUAUCAAGAGGAAGAAGAUGUGAUUGCUGUGAAUUAGGAUCACAAGCCACAGCAAGUAUACUACAUGGACGUAUGGCCAGCCACAAGCAAUGGAAAAUUACAGUGAAGUCGACUACAAAAGUUUCCUAUAUUUAGUAAAAUGUAGCAGGAAACUGGAAUUUUAAACUAGCCUCUAAUUCUAUGAUCAAUUAAUUAAUUACUAAAGUUACCUGUAGAACUGUACCAGUCUCUAAGCACUCAUUCUUUGAUAUGUAUACGUUAACAGUGAUUACUA